CCGCCUCGAAGGCAGCCACUGCUCCCUAGCGAGCCCAGGGGAGCCGCACCGCCGAGGCUGGGGGAGAGGCGAAGGGGUCUCGGUCCCCUGGCCUGCCUUUCGGCCGCGUUGUCGCACCGCUGGACCGAGGUGGGGACUGCCUCCGGCCAGAGCGAGGAGGGCGACGCCCAGGUGAUGGAAAAAUGAAGGACACCAAAGGGAAGCGCCCGCAGGAGGAGGAGGAGGAGGACUUUGAGCCUCAAGUUGAAUUGCAUUUCACCAUCUUGGAAGAAUCGGAAGGGGGCAUUUCCCAGGGGAAGCUUUGGCACUGUGACAUUAAUGCAGAGCGGCAGCCAGACGGCUCCUCUUUGCCCGAACCGGACGAUGAAUCCGUUUACUCUGACCCAUCCCGGUCUCCCUCGCCGGAGCUGCAGAAAUUGCUCCCAGCCCCAGAGAGGGGGCCCGGAGAGAGAAGCCUGGGAAGCUGUCUGCAGCCUGGCCCCAAGCAGCAGGUCGAACUGCAUUUCACCAUACUGGAGGAGUCCGAAGGGGGCAUUUCGGAGGGGAGACUCUGCGCGAGCGAGAUUAGCUCAGACGAACCACUGGAGAGCGAUUAUCCCAAGCGCCAGUGGGAUGGACCCGUUCCGCAUGGCCUCCCGUUGGUUGUGGGGAAGGAUUUUGCCCCAACUAAGGACAGACUGGAGGGGGAGACAAAAGGGGAGGUCUCCCAGCGAGGAAGCGCGGAUCAGCAGGUAGAAGUCCAGUUCACGAUCUUCGAAGAUUCAGAAGAAGCCAGCCUUUCCCAGGGUCCUGAGGAUUAUCCCAUCUGGGAGAGCCCGUUCAGACCUGAUAUGUAUCGGGGAGACUAUCCGAAAGAGGACUGGGACACUUCCAUUGACAGUCUGGGCGAGGCCUUCGAAUCUUCUUUCCAGCAGCAGUUCUACUUAGGAGGCCGGAUGUACCCCUGUACCGAGUGCGGGCGCAUCUUCAACAGGAAGUCGACCCUGACGCGGCACUGGCGGACCCACACGGGGGAGAAGCCUUAUUCCUGUCUCGACUGUGGGCGGAGCUUCAGCCUGAACCUCAACCUCCUCACCCACCAGAUGACCCACACGGGGGAAAAACCCUACAAGUGCCCCGACUGCGGGCAAAGCUUCACCCGUAGUACGAGCGUCACCAGGCACCAGAGAAGCCACCGGGAGGAGAGUCCUUAUAAGAAUGACAGCUGGGAGGAAAACUUCCCGUACAGCUACCCGGUCCCCUUUCCCUAUCCGAUGCCUCCGGUGGAGGAGAAAACCUACGUGUGCCCGGAUUGCGGAGAAGCCUUUAUGCACAGCGGGACCCUCAACCGGCACCUGCGGAUGCACCGAGGGGAGAGGCCUUACAAAUGCGUGGUGUGCGGGGAGGGCUUCUGCUCCAUGUCGAAGCUGUACAGGCAUGAGAGAAUCCACAUGGUGGAGAAGCCCUACCACUGCGAGAUCUGCGGGAAAAGCUUCGCUGUCAAGUCCACGCUGACCCGGCAUCAGAUGCUCCACCAGGCUGAGAGGCCCUACAUGUGCUCUCACUGCGAGAAGGGCUACGUCCAGAGGAGCCACCUGGCCCGGCACCACCAGAAGGCGCACCCCGAGGUGCCCUUCAACCCUGUCAAAGCGAACACUGUGCCCGCCACCAUUCUGGAUUCUGACAACCUAGUCACUUAUUUCUGGGGGGACGAGGAGACAGACGCUGGUCCCGAGCCUGUCCCAACCCAGUUGAUCUACUCUGGAGCAGACUGAUGAGGGCGGGGCUUAAGUCUAGCCUGGAGCUACACUGCGCCUUGUGUCCCAUCCCCCCCCCCUUGUGCUCUGUCCUUUUAAACUCUCAAAAGUGCUGGGGUGUUUUCCGAUCGUGGAGGGUUGAUGGGAGGGGGGUGGCCCCAGAUCUGGUUGUGUUGUGGAUUGUCUUGAUGCCAAGGAAUAUUCCUUGCCUUGUGACUCUCACUACACUCACACAUACACACACACACGAACAGACACACAAGAAGCUGCCUUCUGCUGAAUCAGGCCUGGAAGCAGCAUCUCAGGAGGAUGCUCCAUUGUUGGGACCAUGCCUUCUCCACAUCCUGGUCUUCUACAGAGGCUCCAGCAUCAACACAACAGAGGGCCAGCCCACAGCAAGAAGAGCUGAUCUGUAUGGGAGAGGAGCCACUCACUCCCGAACAAAGCCUGAUUUACACAAACAGAACAGUCUCCAAGCUUCUUACUGGAAUAGAAGCAAAGUGCCAUUUGCGAGUCUGUGGGCUGAGGAAACCUACCUGGUGGGGGAAGGGAGAGCAGGCCCCUUGCGGGUAGCAAAAACGCCUAGACUAGAGAGAUGCACACAACCUUGGGAACGCUUCAGUUUUUGUUUGUAGUAAAGGGGGGGAAGUUUUUCUUCCUUUUUUUUAAAAAAAAGGAAAACAACACCGAUUCUUGUUUGAUCAAUGUACGUUUUGAAUGAUGGCUGAACUCUUGAAAACGUUAGUAAAAUAAGGACCUGGGUU